AUGGUCAUUAUUUUGGCGGCAAUACUUCUCACGUCAUUCCUUGUUCCGGUUUUCAGUGCAGGCAGUGUUUACCAAUUGAUGAAAGAAAUUAGCACAUUCACGGACAGCGACAUCUACACAUUCUUUGAAAUUUUCGGACCAUACGGCUCUGGGAACAUCGACAUAGUACAAUACACAAAUCCUUCUCUUCACUUGAAGAUUCGAGCUUUCAAUUACAAGUACGACAGGUUAAACUAUGUCGGACAAGACUUCAUUCGUGAGUUGGUUCGACUAGCGGUAGAGGAGCAUCGCCGAAGACUGUCAAGCUAUAUCGCUUGGGAGAGUCUUCGAAACCAAUUUCGCUCUCUCGACCCAACUCUGUGCAUGGAUCUGACGGCAUUUUUUGCAGCGCUUGAUAAACUUGGUAGUUGUGGGACGAUGUCUGCACCAGUCAAGCAACCACGUCCACGAUUCUACGUGAGAUCUCUUCGAGCCACCGUCCCUAACUACUAUUCUGAACUGGCAAUCGCUCGACAUCAUCUUAUUUCAGCGCAAGAAAUUUUGGGAAAGAAAGGAAACGAAACCGCGUGGAACAUAACAGGCAGGAACCGUGAUAUCAGCGAAGCAGUACGGUAUCUGAACCCGGAACCGUUUUCGAACAUGAGAAAUGCUUUAAAACAUAUUCAAAGGGCGCUUUCUGCUCCUAAUGGUGCAAAGAGAACUGAUUCUUCCAUCCAUACCAGGCAUGUGACACUGGACCUGAUCAAAGCUGCGCAUAUUCUCAUGAGAGCCAUAUCAAAGAAUAGCCUUCCUAUAGCUAAGGAGAUGAAAGAGGUUGAAACAAUACUUGAAGAUCUGCAAACGACGUAUUUUGGUUAUGAACACGAAAGAAAAAGGGCCGAAAAUUCCAUUGAAAAAGCUCUCGAGAAAUUGCGUGGCAAAAUCCAUUGA